AUGCCCACCGUCAUCCUAGCCACAUGGGCAAUUCUGACCAGCGACAACUUUAAAGACGACGUUGUUUUCCAUGUUAAGCUCUCCAGCCAUAGCACACCAGCUGACUUCCUCGUUGGCAUACUCGAGCCAACUAUCGAUGAAGUUUCCGUCCGAAUAAAACUGGUCCGAAAGCAGCCCAUCGGCGAGUUCCUGCGAAAGCUCCAAGCCCAGCAUUCAUAUAUCAUAGCCUACGAGCAAGCUGAUCUCAACGAGAUGACCAUGUUGGUCAUCUGCGAACGCCACCGUCCCGACAUGGAAAUGCGUUUAGGAACGCAUGAAGACAUUGAGGAGUACAAGUACUUCAACAACCGUGCACUCCUACUUGACGGAUUUUCCCCUACAACAGGCGAAGAGGCGCAGUUGGUCUUCAGCUACGAUGCUAAUGUCGUGGAAGAUGAACAAUCAGGUGAUAGACUUUGGAAAACGCGUCGAAAGCCUGAUAUAUGCCAUGGCAGCAGGCGACGCCGCGGCGGAACUUUCGAGCCCUAA